GAUGCUGGUGCACUUAAUUUUACCGGGGAACCACUGGCGUAUCUAAAAAUGGCGUCUUGAUGAGCUGCGGCGAGGUCAAUAAAUGUGGAGCACUUCCUCCUCCCAACGCCCUGCUCCAUUCGAUGAAUUUCCACGCAGGAAUCUGCAAAUUCGUUGCUGUUGCUCUUCGUUUCGCUUCGGCUGGUCUCCGUUCAGGUGGAGAAUUGGUCUCGUUCGAGCGAAUCGAGACCCCAGGGAGGUGCAGGAGAGGAGUGGUUCCGCAUCUUUGUGUAAGGUUUGGGCCAAAGAUUGGGUUUUGAACGCAUAUCGAGCUUCAGAGGUGCAAAAGUGGGCGAUUUUGGGGACCAUUGAAUUGACGAGCUUGAGGCGUUUCAGCUUCGUGGUUGCGGCAUUCUUUCUUUUGGCGUGGUGAAGAACCCAUCUUGCUUUCGUCGUUACUGUAAUCUUGGCAUUUGGUUUUGGUGUCGGAACAAUGUGUUUGAUUGCUCAACUAGAGAGAACGCAAACCAAAUCCAGAAUCCACGCCGAUCCCUCCCUCCACCAGGACCAUUUCGACCGGAUUCCGGACUCACUGGUGCUGCUCAUCUUCAACAAGCUCGCCGAUGUCCGGUCCCUUGGUCGCUGCUCAGCCGUGUCCAAGCGCUUCAAUGCCCUCGUCCCUCUUGUCCACAAUGUGUAUGUUAAGAUUGAUCGUGUAGUGUCCAUCGAUGGUGACUCCUUCGACGCCUUAGACCUCUCCCUCCCCAAACCAAGAACCCUCUUUGCCCAUCUUUUAAAGCUCAUUCUUUUUGCCAUCCUCCAACCCUUACACUACCUUCAGAACGUUCAUGGUUGGAAUAAGCCCCUUCUGCCACAGCUCUCCCAUCACUCCCCUCGGCAAGUCCUCAAGAAUUUCACCCAUGUUCGCAACCUAAGGAUGGAGCUCCCUGCUGGUGAUGUCAAGACCGAGGAUGGAGUCUUCUUGAAAUGGAGAGCAGAGUUUGGAAGCACCCUUCAGAACUGUGUGAUACUGGGUGGAACCAUGAUGGACUAUAGACCUGCUUCGGCCAAUUUAGAGGGGGGAAUGGAAGACAAUGGAAGCAUACCCGAGUCGUUCUAUACGAAUGGAGGGCUAAAAUUGCGCGUCGUCUGGACUAUCAGCUCUUUGAUUGCUGCAUCGACGAGGCAUUAUCUUCUCCGUCAAAUCAUCGAGGAACACCCAACGCUGAGCAGCUUGGUCUUGACAGAUGCUGAUGGCCAGGGGACAUUGACCAUGGGAGUGGAGCAGCUGAAGGAGUUCAGGGAGAAACCAUUGGCAAUGUCAGCAUCAUCAAAUAGGACUCAGGUGCCAGCAUCAUACAUGAAGCUCAGAUAUGCUCCAUUCUUGGAGCUGCCCGAUGGAAUGGGAAUGCAAGGAGCUACACUAGUGGCUAUCAAGCCCGCCGGAGAGGGCACCAGCGGUGGCCAUUAUAGCAGAAAGGAAGCCGAGGCCUUUAUUUGUCGGGCGUUUGAUGAUCCACUCCAGGAUACAGUCAAGGCAUUGGUGAAAAACCGAACUUACCUCUUGGAGAUGAAUGGAUUCUAGCUCAAUUCUGCCUCUCGGCAGUCGAGAACAUGAGACGGUGUGGCAGAGAAGAUCACUUGGGGAAUUUUGCAUCAAUAAAUGGCUAACCUACAGCUUUCCAUCAAGCUGCUAUCUUGUUCUUUGCAUGGUUUAGCAAAUUUAAGCAAUUCCUAGACAACUGAUUCAGUGAAUUCAAGCACUAACAAAAGCUCUGUCGAGUUCACCAGUGGAGAAGAUGAAACAGUGUGGUAAAGCAGAUCACUUGGUGAAUUUUGCAUCCAUGAAUGGCUCCCCUACAGCUUUCCAUCAACCUGGAGAGGAACAAAUGAGAGAGAACAGGAGGAUUGAGAUAAGAAUCAUGCAGGCCACAGUAGCAGCUUAGAUUUCAUUAUCAUUUUGGGUUGCAGAUAAGCUUUGUACAAUUUCUAGUUUUGAUACUAACAGAACAGCUUUGGAGGACCCUCAUAUCAGCUGUUGCACAGACAUCAGUUUAAUGUGCUGUCUAUGACAGCUUUGUUCC